UAUUAUUUGUGAAAUGAAAAGCUAAAUUAAACCUGACGAAAAAAAAAACCCAGAGCACGGACAGGAUUGAUUUACUCGCUGUAUUGGUAAAUAUGACCACGUGAUCCGCGUAACCAAUCCCUGUAGCUCGAGGCCAGCAAAAAUACUAUGAUUGUUCAUAGAGGGAAGCUUCCCGUAACAGAGCAACCCUUAUUAUAUGAGUAGGAAGAGAUCAAAAAUGUCUUCCAGUGGCACUCUCAGUAACUGCUAUGUGGACGCUUUAAUGGGGCAGGAGCCGGAUGAUGUUUACGGUGCUCGCUUUAUUCAGGCUCCACACACGGUGACCCCGAGGCCGUCAGGUGCUGGGGACAAUGCAGACUACUCCUCUUGUAAUUUCGCACCCAAAUCCGCCGUUUUCUCCUCCUCGUGGUCGUCGGUUCACCCGCAAGGGAUUUAUCAUCCGUACGUGCACCACCACCACCACCACCACCAGUCCCAUCUGCCCGCGUCGGACGGCCGAUAUGUCGGCGUCCGCUCCUGGAUGGACCCGAUCUCCAACCACGUUUCGUUCGCCGGAUUCCACUCGAGCAAUCGGCCGUACGGGGCGAAGCCGGAGGCGCCGCCGCCGCCGCCGCCGCCGAAGGCUGCGGAGCGCGACGCGCUGGACGCAGACGCCCGGCCGCUCGCCGGCGAGUUCGCCUGCGGAGCGGCCACGGUGCUCGCGGAGAAAGCGGGCAAGGAGCACAGCGGCAGCGAGCUGUCGAGCCACGGCGAGCCCAAAGAGGAGAAACAACAACUUGACCCAAACAACCCCGCAGCAAACUGGAUUCACGCCCGCUCGACGAGGAAGAAACGGUGCCCGUACACGAAAUAUCAGACUUUAGAGCUGGAGAAGGAGUUUCUCUACAACAUGUACCUGACGCGAGACCGACGCUAUGAAGUGGCCCGAAUACUGAGCUUAACCGAGAGACAGGUGAAGAUCUGGUUCCAGAACAGGAGGAUGAAAAUGAAGAAGAUGAACAGAGAGAAGAGCAGCAAGGAUCAGCUAUGAGUUCACUGCUGCUGCCAUGUCCCACGUUGAAGGAAGCCAUAUGAACAAUGACUUUUAUUUUGGUAGGAGCCUCGGCUGAUUUUUAGAAACCUUAUAGCAUGAACGUGAGUGUCGGUGUCGGAUGCGUCACAUGAGCAGGGAUUCGCUUUGGUGAGAUUGACACGAGCAGGAUUUCAGAUUUUAGUCAUCAGAUUAUUUUUUUUUUCUGUUUUGCAUAACCACAGGCUGGGGGUUCGGGCACUUUCACAGAUCUGUUACGCAUCCGCCACAUUAGAAAACAUGUUGUCUGUUUUUGCUUUUAUAGCUGUUAAUAAUCUGGACCUGUAUAUAAAAUAUUUCCCAACCAAACACGUUUGACUUCAGUCUGUGUCAGACACAAGUGGAGAUGAAGCAUCAGAUUUAUAGACGAUGCAUCUUAAUGUGUUGCUGCUUACUCUUUAAAAAAUCCUAAAUAGCUAAUUUAUUCGUGAUUUUAAUAUGAUUUCAUCAACAUUAUCAUUGCCUUAUUAGUGGAGAACUGAAACUAUUUCCACUAACUAAAAUUGUUCCCCGAGGCCUUGUUUACGCAGCGUUGCUCGAAUCCAACGAUGGCAGGUAAA